ACCGCAGGCGCCUUGCUUUUUUUUUUGCCCACCUUCCUUCGACCUUCCCAUCAUGGCGGCGCGGGGGCUCCGCACACGCCGUGCGUCCUUCCCCCUCCUCCUCCUCCGCUCUCCCCAACCCCUCCCCUCCGGCCUGCUGCCGCUCCCGCCACCACAGGACUCCUUCCCGCCCGCGGUAGGCCCGAAGCCUCGCCUCGAGUGGUGGUGGCGGCGGCGGCGGAGGGUUGCGUUCGCCUCAGCGACGCGAGGCAAGGCCCGGCCUGGCGCGCGCGCCCGACGGACUGACUGAGCGGGCGCGCGCCCGCGCUGCCUCCUCCUUCUCCUCCUCCUCAGUCCUCCCGCCCGCCGUGCUGCCCGCUCACUGCUUCGCGGCCGUCGCCGCCGCCGCCGCCGCCCGUUCCUCUUUUCCUCCUCCUCCUCCUCCGCCCCCGCUGCCUCGUCUUCCUGCCUGCCUGCCUAGCUAGCUGGCUGGCGGCGGCUCCACGGCGCAGGCCCGCUGCAGCGCAGCCGCUCUGAGCCUCUCCCUGUGGUCACACGAUCAGAACUCGGAGUCUUGGCAUCCAGAUGUGGCGUCCCAAAGUCACGUGAUCCCCUUUUGCGACCUGACAAGCAAAGUCACGGGGGGAAUCCAGAUUCACUUAACAACCGUGUUGCUGACUUAACAACUGCAGUGAUUCGCUUAGCGACUGCGGCAAGAAAGUGGUCCUUCAUGGAGGAACAUACGGUGACCCAGACCGAGCACAUGGCAACCAUAGAGGCCCACGCCGUGGCCCAGCAGGUCCAGCAGGUCCACGUGGCCACCUACACGGAGCACAGCAUGCUGAGUGCGGACGAAGACUCCCCCUCUUCUCCCGAGGACACGUCCUAUGACGACUCGGACAUCCUCAACUCCACCGCCGCCGACGAGGUGACGGCCCACCUGGCCGCCGCAGGGCCGGUGGGAAUGGCUGCAGCAGCUGCCGUGGCCACCGGGAAGAAAAGGAAGCGGCCCCACGUCUUCGAAUCCAACCCCUCCAUCCGCAAGAGGCAGCAGACCCGGUUGUUACGGAAGCUGCGAGCCACCUUGGAUGAAUAUACCACCCGGGUCGGGCAGCAAGCGAUCGUCCUGUGCAUCUCGCCCUCCAAGCCCAACCCGGUUUUCAAGGUCUUUGGGGCGGCCCCCCUGGAGAACGUGGUGCGCAAGUACAAAAGCAUGAUCCUGGAAGAUUUGGAGUCGGCGCUGCUGGAGCACGCACCUGCGCCGCAGGAGGUGAACUCCGAGCUGCCCCCGCUCACCAUCGACGGCAUCCCGGUCUCGGUGGAUAAGAUGACCCAGGCCCAGCUGAGGGCGUUCAUUCCUGAAAUGCUGAAAUACUCAACGGGUCGCGGGAAGCCGGGCUGGGGUAAGGAGAGCUGCAAACCCAUUUGGUGGCCCGAAGACAUUCCGUGGGCUAAUGUCCGCAGUGAUGUCAGGACCGAGGAACAGAAGCAGAGGGUGUCGUGGACCCAGGCGCUGCGGACAAUCGUGAAAAACUGCUACAAGCAGCACGGGCGCGAGGACCUGCUUUACGCUUUCGAGGAUCAGCAGACCCAGUCGGUGACCGCCACCCACAGCAUAGCCCACCUGGUCCCCUCCCAAACCAUGGUCCAGACCUUCAGCAAUCCGGACGGCACCGUGUCGCUCAUCCAGGUUGGCACCGGGGCCACAGUGGCCACCUUGGCAGACGCCUCCGAAUUGCCCACCACUGUCACAGUCGCCCAGGUGAACUACUCUGCAGUCACUGAUGGAGAGGUGGAGCAGAACUGGGCCACGCUGCAGGGGGGCGAGAUGACCAUCCAGACCACCCAGGCCUCCGAAGCCACGCAGGCAGUGGCCUCCCUGGCCGAAGCCGCCGUCGCCGCGUCGCAGGAGAUUCCGCAAGGCGCGACGGUCACGAUGGCGCUCAACAGUGAGGCAGCCGCUCACGCCGUGGCCACGCUUGCAGAAGCCACCCUCCAGGGCGGAGGGCAGAUCGUGUUGUCCGGAGAAACGGCGGCAGCCGUGGGUGCGCUCACCGGGGUACCAGAUGCGAACGACAAGUGGCUGUCCAGUCUGUUCAUGAAAACCUCCAGUGAUGGAACACCCACAACUUCUGGAGGCCUGGUCCAGAUCCCGGUGAGCAUGUACCAGACGGUGGUCACCAGCCUCGCGCAGGGCAACGGUCCCGUCCAGGUCGCCAUGGCCCCCGUGACCGCCAGGAUCACCGACAGCACCGUCACCAUGGACGGCCAGGCGGUGGAAGUGGUCACCCUGGAACAAUGACGGCCGACGCGGGCCGGACGGUGACGCCGCAGCUUCUUCCUCUCUUCUCCGAAACGAUUUUUCUACACCUCUCCGGAAAGGCAAAUCAGGAGGCGUCGGAGUCUCACCACUUUGGACUACACAACCCAGAGCGGGAAAAAGGCCUGUGGGCCUCGAGCGGACCCACCUGUUCCCAUCGGGAGUGAGGCGGCUCGUCCGGAUAGGAGAGGCCCGGCUUUCCUUGCAUGGAUCGCCCGUUCCGAAGAAGGGCGAGGAUCGGAAAGCUUCCCUGUCCUUGGUUUGUGAAGUCGGGGGCCCCGGAUGCCGCGCCCUUGGCGGACUCUCACACCGUCCCACUCUUCCCGUCGAGCUCCCGCCGUCCUCGCCUCGGGAAUUUAGGGCUUUCUUUUCAUACGGACAAGAAUUUUCGUACGAGAACGAGAAAAGUUGAGACGCCGUUGGGAGAAAGACAGUUUUUCUUCUCCGAAAUGACGCCGGAGGGGGGGGGAAAUCGCGUCUCCUGGAGGAGACGGGGAUGGCGGUCGAUCCGCCGAUUCCGGAUCGGUUUCCGGCCUUGCCGGGACUCUUUCAUAGCCAGGGGGGAUCGGACCGACCCCCCUCCCGUCGGAAAGUCCACGCGAGACGACUCGUCCGAGGAUCCUUGUCCCUUCCCGCGCUGAUCUCUUUCGGCUUUCUUCCUUCUCUGCCCUCGCGAGUUGAAAAAGGUCUAAACAAGAGGCAGGGGGGACGCUGCCAAGAGGGUAACCCCCCUUCCUCUCGAUUCCAUCAUCGGCCCCGUUUUUGAUCCACGAACCCUCAAAAUCGUUCUUCCCGUGUCUCAAGGGCCAGGCGACCGUUCUGGUUUUUGGUCCCUUUCCCGUCAGUGGGUGUCCCCUCGUGUGGAAAGCUUGCGAAAAAAAAUCCCCUUUCUCGGUCAAGAUCCAUAGGGGGCAGUCCUGGGCCUCUCCCCUCUCCUGGCUGAUCCAACCCCAUAGCCCAUCAUCCUUGCCAGUAGCUCUUGGCCACCAGCAUCCGAGUCCAUUUAUGUUUCAUGAAAAGGUGUGAUGUCUCUGUUCUCUCUUCCUUCCUUCCUUUUUCUCUCUUCUCCCUCUCUUUCUUUCUCCUCCCUUCCGUCCCUCCCUAUUCCUCCUUUCUUCCUGCCUUCCUUCCUGCCUGCCUUCCUUCCUCUUUUUCUC